AUGAGCAGCCAAGCAUCCACUACUUCACAGCAGAAGGCCAAAAGCCUACAAAAUAAGAUACUAAAAAGACAAAACCAUAAGAAUAAUGUAAACGCAGCGGCUACUUACGCUUCAACGGCUACAGCCACAACUGCUAAUAACGAUUCCCUGGUUUCCUCUGACGAGGAAGUUAUGGAUUCCGAAUGGAAGAGGAAUCUGCUAGAAAAAAAUAUUGAUCCAAGACCCAAAACUGAGGAUGUUACCAAAACCCGAGGCACUGAAUUUGAAGACUACUUUUUGAAGCGUGAGCUUCUAAUGGGCAUUUUUGAAAAAGGCAUGGAACGGCCAUCUCCCAUACAAGAGGAGACUAUUCCUAUCGCGUUGACUGGUAAAAAUAUUUUGGCUAGGGCAAAGAAUGGCACGGGAAAAACUGCAGCCUUUUGUAUCCCAAUAUUGGAACGUGUUAAUUUAACUGCUAGGCACAUACAAAGCCUAAUUCUUGUACCGGCUAGAGAACUUGCCUUGCAAACUUCAGCUGUGAUUAAGGAACUGGGGAAACACUUAAAUGUUCAAUGUAUGGUAUCCACUGGUGGUACAUCUUUGAAAGAUGAUAUUAUGCGCUUAUAUAACCCUGUGCAAAUUCUAGUUGGGACGCCUGGACGAGUUCUUGAUCUUACGAAUAAGGGUGUGGUUGAUUUAAACAAGUGUGGCACCGUUGUUAUGGACGAGGCAGAUAAGCUGCUAUCGGUGGAAUUUUUACCCAUAAUUGAACAACUAUUAAAUUAUUUACCAAAAGAACGGCAAUUAAUGUUAUUUUCUGCCACAUUCCCCGUGAUGGUGGAGGAUUUCAAAAAUAAACAUUUACCAGGGGCUCAUGAAAUUAACCUAAUGGAAGAGCUCACGCUAAAGGGCAUAACCCAAUAUUAUGCAUUUCUAGAAGAACGACAAAAGGUGCACUGUCUCAACACUUUAUUUGGCCGUCUCCAAAUAAACCAGACCAUCGUAUUCUGCAACAGUGUAACCAGGGUUGAGUUGCUUGCUAAAAAGAUAACAGAACUCGGUUUCUCUUGCUUCUACAUACACUCUAAGAUGCAACAAUUGCAUAGAAACAGGGUUUUUCACGACUUUAAAAAUGGUGCCUGCCGUUGUCUCGUAUCUUCAGACCUAUUUACCAGAGGGAUUGAUAUUAGGUUUGUUAACGUGGUUAUCAAUUUUGACUUUCCCAAGAGAUCAGCUACUUAUUUACAUCGUAUUGGCAGGUCAGGUAGAUUUGGACAUUACGGAUUGGCGAUAAGUUUGAUUACAAAUGCCGAUAAGGAAUUUUUAUAUAAAAUUGAAUCAGAGUUGGGGACGGAGAUUCAGCCGAUUCCGCACAAGAUAGAUCCCUCGCUCUACUCUUAA